AUGGUUGCCGGCUACAUUAUCGUUGUCAUUACAACCCUAACCGCGCGGAACUCUCUGCUCUCUUCUAUUCUCGGUCCCGGCGACAGCUACGAGAAACUCAACGACGUCGACCGCUGGUCUGGUCGUCGUCUCUUCCUCGGUGCAGUCAUUCACGGAUCCCUACACUCCCCGCGUACGCAGAUUCGGAACAUCCCAUACAACAAUCCAUCACCUCAAGCCAUUCCAGCGCUAGGAUUUCCGUCGUCGAAACCGGGCGAGACACCGUAUUGGCCUCCACUCGGCAAUCCGUCACCUGCACCUUCGUCGUUGUCGAAUGGGUUUUUGACGCCACAGCCGAGGUUGGGAUAUUCCCAUGCGCACACGAGGAGUUCGUUCAACGGGUGGAUCAGUCUUGGACCGAGUGCGGAUAGCGUUGGUUCGAUCAUGCAGAAUAGGGGAAGGACGACGGAUGGAGGGAGAGAAGGAUGGCAGCUCCCAGAUGAGAGAACAACGGACGUGCCGGUGGAGGGAAAUACACUGUUGAAUCAGGGGAGGAUGUUGGAUCUCCGCGGGGAGUUGCUGGGGGAAUUUCAAGUAUUGAGUGUUGAGCGUUUGAUAGUGACAGUUGGGGAGCUGGAGAGCCCAAGCGCAAGAGGAAAGAAGAGGAUCCUCAGGAUUUUAUUUCGAUCAGGGACAGUGACUGUUUGGGGGAUUCACGAAUGUACUGCGACCCAUCUCAUUAAACCCUCAGAGAUGUCGCUAACGCUAUCGUUCUCAUUAUCCCUCCCUACCGGGGCUUCUCAAAGCCUACCUUUGAUAACGAUGCCAAUUGAAGAGCCGGCACGAUUCUCGCUCAAGGGUGCAAAAUGGCUUCUCUUCCUUGCUGGCUGCAUCUAUGGCGACUUCGACGGCCACUUAUCGCUUUCUUCCGCCGGCGAUGCCAUCGACUACGAUGCACCCCUCCAUGCUACGACCUAUCACUUCGUUUCGGAUAAACAGCCCCGAUUCCUCGACCCCAAGCUGACGGAUGCCAGAACGUCCGAUAAGUCAGCGACCCCUAGGACUGGCGCUUUUCGAGAUGAACUCCUCGCUCGCGAUGGUCAUUGUCUGCUUAAUGACACCAAGCCCGUGAACGAGUGUGAUGCUGCUCAUUUACUCCCACAUGCCAAGGGCGACGACUACAUCACUGCUGCGACUGCAUUUCGGAGCGAUAACGAAGAGGUCAUUGAAAACAUCGACGAUCCACGUAAUGGCUUUUUCCUCGCGAAAGAACUCCACAUCCAUUUAGGGCUGGGUCAUAUGGCCUUCCUCAUGGUACACCCUUGA